GGUCACCCGUCAGACAUAAGGACCAAUCAACGAAACCGAUAUAUUCACUGCCUUGGAAGCCAUGUAAACAAGGCGGGAUUCAGUAAUAUACUUUGCAAUGAGUGUUUAUUAUGAAAACUCUGUGAUUUAGAUAUUUGAGACAGACCAUACAGUUGCCAGGAAAAUGGAUGAAACACAAGCACUAGACUGUACUCAAGCACUUGAUGACUGGAUUAAUGAAGAUGAUGACUCAACCGAACAUUCUUUAGUUGCUUGGCUGGAGGUUGAUGGAAGGCGUCAUGACAUACAUCUUGGUGAAACAAAGAUAGGUCGUGAUCCAGAAACAUGUCAAAUUGUACUCCACAAUAAGGUCUUGUCAAAGCAGCACGCUGUAUUUGAAGUUGAGGGAGAUAUACACACCAUAGCUGACCUCGGCAGUAUGAACAAGACCAGGAUUGGUAAGAUGAUUCUGAAACCUAAUGUGCGGUUUGCCCUGCAAGGUGGAGAGAGUCUGCGUUUUGGGGAUGUGCAAGCCAAGUAUAUCAUUAAACCAAAGAUCCAGAAUCAAGACAGUGGAUCAGAGACAGAGUCAGAACCUAUGUUUUCACUGAAUGAUUCUGAAGAGAAGCCGACCUCACCAGUAUCAAGCCAUCACCUGUCUGAUUUCAUCCCAGAGACCCCAGCAGCUACUAAAACAAAUUCAACUCAGAUUGACAUUGAUAGUAAGACAUUUGUUCCUGAGUCACCAUCAGCCUCGCAGAACACACACAUCUCUGAAAAUCACACAAAGUUGAUAGUGCCAGAAUCUCCAGACAAUAUAUCUGCAGUAAAAAUUGUGUGUGAGGAGAAUGAUGAUAGUUUCUUCUUUGACCCUUCUCAGCAUGCUAAAGAGAAGCAUGUCAUUGCGUCUUAUAAGAACAGUAAAGUACAACUAACUCAUGCCACAGCUAGAUGUGAAGACUUCAAAAUAAGAGAAUAUAAUAGUGAUGUGAGCACUGAUGUUGAGGAUGAUGAUGUUCCAACACAACUGUUUAGUGAGUCACAUGCACAAAAAGAUUUAUCAACAACUAAUAUGGAACUAAGCAAGAAUAAGGAGAAUACUCUCAAAAAUAAUGAAAAGGACAUGUCUGAUUCAGGUAUAAGUAUGUCUAGAGAUACUAACACCAAGAGUACUGAUGAUGACCAGUCAGGGAAUAGUAAUGUAAGUGCUGAAAUUGAAGAUAUUUUUAAUCAACCGACUCAGGUGUAUCCUGUCUUGGAUAAGUCUCCAAAAGUGGCAAGAAAUACUGAAUACACAGAUGAAAUGUCACCGUCAGUUCAAAAUGAGGCAAGCGAUAGUACCCAGGACAUUAUGAAUGCCUUUGAUCUGCCAGUAGUAAAGAGCAGUGCAAAAUCACAAAAUAUUCAUGAAGAUGAUGACGAUGUACCCACACAAUUGUUCUUGGAAAAUGAAGAAUCACCUGUAUUCAAAAAACCUUUUGCUAUGGCACCUAAAACAAAAAAAAAUCUCUGGGAUGAAAUAUACAGUGAAAAUGUGAAUGCUGACAUUUUAGAGGCUGCAACUCAGCAAUUUUCAUCAGAUGAUCAUCAGUCAAAAACAGUAUGCAAUAAUGACAAUAUUUUUGUUGCUCCAACUUUACCUUUUGAUGAUCCAGACUCAAGUUAUAAAUUUCAGCUACAAAGUAAAAGUGUGCAAAAGGAAAAAUGUAGUAUUGGUAUUUUUGAUGAUAUUUUCAGCCAGCCUACACAACUAUAUUCUGAUAGUAAUACAGACACCAUCAAUGAAGAUAAUAUACCCACUCAGCAUUUUGAUCCAGCACCAAAAGAAGAAUUAAUUAACAAUGAGGAUAAACAAGUAGAAAAAAAUCAAAGUGAUGAUGAACUAGAUAUAUUUAAUAAACCAACACAGAUAUUUUCAACACCCAAACCUAAAACAAAUGAAAACUGUGAUUCUCCAAUAAAUAAAUUUACAAAUGUCUAUUUGUCAGGAAAGAAAGGCACGGGGGGAAAGAAAAGCACGAUAACGUCCCUAAAUUUAUCUCCUGUUUCUGUUGGAGGACAAGACAAUGCCUGUGAUGAUGAUGAUGAUUUACCCCCUACACAGCUCUUUACUGAACCCUCAAUAUUGAAUAAAUCACCUAUGUUAAAGGUUGAUACAACACCAACUCAAUCUAUUUUACAGGAGGUUACUAAGAAAACAAAUGCUUCAUGUGCUGACACUUUGAAGGAAUCUGAAGCAUCUACUCAUGUUGAAGAUAGUGAUUAUGAUGCACCUACACAGAUAUUUAAAGAAAAGUCUAUAACUGAGGACUUAAAUGAAUGUGAUGCUCCUACUCAAUUAUUUACUGAUAUUUAUGACAAAGUGAGUGAUAAUUCACCCCAAGAAUUGAUCCCUGGUGAGUCAAACAAUUCUAGUAAAGAGUUACCUAAAGGUAUUUCUCAAACUUGGGCUCUAUUAGAUGCUGAUGAAACACAGGAUCUUACCCUUGAUGGUGGUUUGGCUAUUGACAAGCCGUGUUUAGAUACCCGAGAACCUUCACUCUCGGUAGAACAAGCAGGCGAAUGUGAGAAUAUUGACAUUCAUGACUCCUCAUCUAAUGUGUCAGAAAAUUUAUUGGAUGACAUGCAGGCAAAAGGUGAGAAUGAUGGUAUACCUUUGAGCUUAAGAUCAGGAAAUUGUAAUGGCUCAUCAUCUGCUUCAGAUGAUGCUUCAUAUAGCACAGACUCGAAAAAAACUGGUGCAUCCACAAUAGAAAAGGAAAGGAUGGAGGAAAUAAUAUUAAAAGAUAGUGUAGUAGAUAAUUUGCAUAUCAAGCAACAAGAUACGUCAAAAACAAGUGCUAUUGCAGAGAAUGAGGGCUACAAUUCUGAUGAAAGUACAGAUAUUGAAAGUGAGCUUGUAGUUUCAGACAUUUUAGAGCAUACAAGUAAAGCUGACAUUUCACAUGGAAGUGAAAUGUCAAAGCUGGAGCUAAGCUCUGAAUCAAAUGUUCAAGGAAAUAAAGAUUGCAUCACACCUUUGACCACUGCCUCCCUUCUAUUAAGCCCCAAGAAUCUCAAUGAUAUGGCAUCUACAGGAAACUCGUUAACAAAAAAUCAGGAAUUACACAGAGAAGCAAAAGUUGAAGACAAUGAAAAGUAUCAGUUUAAGCGUGUGUCCAGAAUGUUUCCUGUUACUUUGUCAUCAGAAACUCUUCCCUCAUCCCAGAGCCAGUCGACCCAAGAUUCUUCCCCUUUAAUCGAUAUGCCUUUUGCGAACAUAAGUAUUCUUGAUAGCAAGCAGAAUACAAGUCAAGACACUGCUUCUAAUAAUUUGCAGAAUCAAAAAAAUGAAAAGAAAUUAAGCAACCUAGGAAAAAAACAUAAUAUUAGUGACAGUGAUUCAGAAGAUGGGGUUUGUGAUGUCUCUCAGAACCUUUUUGAUUUGCCACUAGAACACAACCAAGGAGAAAUACAAAAUAAACACAAGGAAAACUUGGAUAAUAGUGAAAGUAAAACUUCAAAGAAAGGUCAAAUAAAUAAGACCCUGAAGAGAGGGGGUAAAAUAACUGAGACUCCAAAAGGAGAGGGUACAAUAAAUGAGUCUCACAAGGGAGAAGAUAAAAUGAAGAAGACAUCUGUGGGAGAGGAUAAAAUAAAUGACACCCUAAAGGGAAAUGAUAAAAUAAACAAGACUCCAAAGGGAGAGGAUAAAACAAAUGAGUCUCCCAAGGGAGAUAAAAUAUAUGAGACACCAAAGGAAGAGGAUAAACUAAAGCCUCACAAGAGAGAUAGUACACUAAGUGAAACCCUAAAGGGAGAGGAUAAGAUAAAUAACACCCUAAAAGGAGCAUCUCCAAAGAGAGAGAGCAAAAUAAACGAGUCUCCAAAGAGAGAGGGCAAAAUAAAUGAUUCUCCAAAGAGAGAGGGCAAAAUAAACGAGUCUCCAAAGAGGGAGGGCAAAAUAAAUGAGUCUCCAAAGAGAAAGACUACAGAGAUUCAUUCAGAAACUGGUAAGAGUGAAGUGGAGACUGCUGAAGGAAAUAAAAAGGCUCCAAAAAAACAGAUAGAGAAAAAAAUAGAACAAAAUGCUGAAAAUACAUCAGGUGAAGAGAUUGACGAAACAGCAGCUGUCAGUACUAAGGAUGAGAGUACAUGUGAGAGUAAUUCAAGAAUUAAUAGCUCUCUUUCAUUUACUCCUAAAACAAGAAAGAAACAAAGCACAUCCGUAGAUACGGUGACAUUUUCGAUAUCCAAUAACAGAAGCCCUGAUCUUAAUUGCACAAGGAAGUCGAAAAGGAAGAUUGAGUAUAAUGAUGAAUUAUUUAACAACAGUAAAGGAAGUGACAGUUUUAUAGGAUUUAAUGAAUCUCCAGCAAAAAAGGAAAAGAUUCUUGGCGAAAGUGAAGACAGGCUCAAAAACAAGAGAGAGAAUGAAAAAGUAAAGUGUGAAUCUAAAACAGCCCCUCAAAAUAUAACUGAGGCAUGCUUGAAAGAGGAUAGUAAUCAUUUGCCUGAGAUUAUUGUGGGUAGAACAUCAACAGCAGAAAGGUUCACAACUAGCAUUUCAGAUGGUGUUAGAAAAGAGAAGAUAGUGAACAAUAAAGACUCUGGAACAAAAGAGGUUAGUAAACAACAAUUUACAGGACACCAUACUAGGAGUAAAGAUAAAGAAAAUGAAAAGUCAUUGCCUGCAAGAGAGAAAAGAAAACGUGGAACUGCAAAAACUAAUUCCGAAGAAGUAAAUGUAGUAGAACGGAGAACGAGGACAAAGAGUAAAGAAUCGAUUAAUGAGUCACUAAACAGAGAAUCCUCUACUUGCAGAGAUAGUGCAGGUGAAGUAACAAUAGAUGAUGUUCAAAACAUCCGCCGUAGUGGUCGCAAAAGACAAAAUUCUGACUCUAGCACUGUCAGUAAUUUAAGCAUUCUCAGUGUCAGUAGCAAUCGAAAUGCAGCAAAGAGUGAUCUUGGAACCUCAAACACUUCAGCAGAAUCUGUUACAAAGGGAAGAUUAGAUCAAUCAUUCAUUAAAGAUGAGAAGUCAAAUAUGUCAACUCAGAGAGUUGUAGAAAAUGGAAAAAAAGUCAGAAUGAGCAAGAGGAGUUUAUCAUCCAUAAUUGAUGAUGAUAAACAUGAAGAGCCUGAUAUAAUUGCAGAGCCAAGUAUUACUAAACUAAGUGACAGAAGAGAGAGUAGCAGACCAAGAAUGAAUAAAAGGUACAAGUGUCCUGAUCUUCCUGUGACUGAAGUUAGUACAAAUAAAUCAAGAACAGAAGCAAAUAAAAAAGAAGAUUCAGAUGUAAAAGUUACGAUUGAAACACUAGGUGUGAAAAAUAAGAAACCAGAAACUGGUGCAGAGUUAAAUGAACCUGAAAGUUCUGCUCAAGGACGAUUGAACAGUAGUAGAAUCCGUCGAGCGCCAAAAAGAUUUUCUUGUGAUGGUAAUAUAACUGAUGUAGCACAACUUGCUUCAACUAGGAGUAGCCGGACCAGGAAAGCUCAUACCUUGGAAACCCUACAAGAACCUGUAGAAACAUUACCUGCAAAGAGAGGAAGGCAUUCAGCUAUGCCUAACCUCAGUGUACCUACAGUGAAUCAUGAAGAAGUAGAAAUAACGCAAGCCAGACAAAACAGUACCCAAAAAAGGAAUGUUGAUGUUGAUGACAGUAAAAACGAAAAUGAUACUACACAAAUCCACAAAGAGGAUGCAAAUCUACUACUGCAAAGUCCAUGCCUUUGCUGGAGAAAAGUUAGUUUACAGGAGACUAACAUUCAGCAAACGAAAGUAAAAACAUCAGGAACUUCAUGUAAAACACGGGCUAGCAUUGCCACAUCAAAUCUUGCUACCAAAGCAGAUCUGGUUGUUUGUAAAAAAACAAGAAAUAGCAUGAUUGUGGAAAAGACCAAGAGCGGGGAUAGAGAUACUGCAGAAGUAAAAUAUGAUGCAGGAUCUAGUCGUUCAUCAAGUCAGUCAAGUGAAGACAGUAAAGUUUGUCAAAGAUCCAAGAGAAAGAGAGGUGCUGACAAUUCCACAGACCAGCUGCUGUCUACUCCAAAAUCCACAAGAAGUGGAAGAAGUAGAAUUGGAUCACCCUCCUUGAAGGACAGUAUACUGUGGUCACCAUCCCAGAGACAGCAGCAAGCCAGUACCAAACCAAGGGUUCUCUUCACAGGCUAUAAGGAUGCAAAUGAUGAGAAGAUUGUCAUUAGUUUUGGAGGAACUGUUUGUGAGUCCCCACGAGACUGCACAGUUCUUGUUACAGUAAAUAUUCGUAGAACAUGCAAAUUGUUAGCUGUCAUUGGAAGAGGAUUACCAAUAGUGUCUCCUGCAUGGCUGGCAGCUUCAAAGAGAGCAAGAAACUUUGUUGAUCCUUGGGAAUAUUUGGUCAAAGACACUGAGGCAGAAGAAAAGUAUGGAUUCCGGCUAGACCAAUCCCUUCGUUCUGCAUCCAGGGUUUUGCUCUUUGAGGGUUUGUCGCUUCAUGCUACCCAUUCUGUCAAACCACCACCUGACCAAAUGAAAGGAUACGUUCACUCACCGAGAAACAACACGAUACCGCCUGAGAAUGCCUGUGGGAGGUGGCUUUGUGUGCGCUCUGGGUGCUGGUCAGGUUCCAUACCAUCGACGAAAACGGAGGAAAUCGAUGAAAACGGAACCCAAUAUUUUGACGAAAAAAGUCGACAAAAACGGAAAUCAGCUAUAACAGAGGUAGACGACAAGGGAGGGUACACUGUAUAGCUUUUCUUUUUUAAC